GUCCGCGCGGUGGCUUGCGGUGGCAAUCACACACUUGCCAUCACCUCCUCCGGCGUCUUUGCCUGGGGCUGCAACGCCGUCGGCCAGUGCGGCCUGGGGUAUUCCACCGCACCUCCCGGCGGUUUUGUGGUGCAGCCGGUGGCUGUCCCGGCCCUUAUCAACGUCCCAGUUUCUCAGGUCGCCGCCGGCAGCUCGCACUCCUUGGCGCUCACCUCCGCCUGUGAGGUCCUGUCGUGGGGUGAAGGCACGUGGGGGCAACUGGGCCUGGGGGAUCACAAGAUGAGACACGAACCCACGCCCGUGGAAGCGCUGUGGGCGCUGCCCGUGGUGCAGAUCGCCGCAGGACACACGCACUCCGCCGUCGUCACCAGUAGCGGCCACGCCUUCGUAUGGGGCUGCAACAGCUACGGGCAGCUGGGGCUACUGCCAGAG